GAGUUUUACAGCACACCGCAUCCUCCCACUGAAACCAGAGAGUGGGCCGGAUAACAGGAGCCGGGCUGGACUGGGCCGGGGCGUCACCAGCAGACCGUCAAAACCCGGGGAGCGGGGAGACUUUGGGGCCGCUCGUCCUCCCCCUGGCUCGGCCCAGGGGCAGAGAGGACCCGGGCGCGCUGCGUGUUUCAGUCCCGGGUUCUCACCCUCUCUGCCUCCCACGCGUCACCCUCGCCAGUCGCCGGUGAUGACACGCGCGGCGGGACCCCCCCCAGCGCGAUCGACACAGCGCCCGAAGCGCGCAGCGCCCAAAGUGCGCGCCGCCUUGUAAUUACGGCCGAGGAGAUCACUCCUCUUCCCCGCAACAGCGUCCUGUAACUGCCCUCCUCUGGUGCUGCGGUCCUCUCCGACACCAGAGGCCAGCUUCGGCUCAGCCCAGCUAGCGCGCUCAUCUGUGUAAAGCAUUUGUCAGCCCAGCAGCCCAGCAGGCUGCACGCCGCUCUCCCCAGCCGCUGGCUCUCCCACACAACUCGGGAAAGAGCAGAAAUAUUUGGCUUUACACGCUGUCUGCGACCCCGCCGCACUCCGCACCUCCCCAGGCAAACCGCCCCCCCACCCCGAAAUGAAGGCAGGAGUCAUACUUACUCUAGCCCUGCUCCUCCACCUGGGCCUCGGACUCGCCCAGGAGGCAGAGAGGGGGAAGAGGAGAAGAGGAGGACAGAAGAGAGGGAGGAACAGGUCCAUGAGGCAGAAUUCGGACGUGCUGGCCCGGCUGAGGAGCGUUCCCGUGGACAACGGCGACGACGGCGUGUCCGUGUUCAUCGAGUCUUACAGGAACGUCAACGAGCUGGAGUCCAACUACAACGUCAUACCGGGGAGGAAGGGGCAGUGUCUGUACCAGGGCAUCACCAUGUUUGACAGGGCCGUCUGGUCCCCCAAGCCCUGCCUCACCUGCCUGUGCUCCGAAGGGCGGGUGGCCUGUGACGAGGUCACCUGCCCACGACUGCGCUGCCAGCAUACCGCCAUCCCAGCCGGAGAGUGCUGCCCGGCCUGCAGUGACCCCGUCCCUGAUGCCCCUGAACUCUCUGGCGAUUUCUCAGAGCUCAACGACCCCAGCGAGCAGGCCCCGGCCGUCCCACACACCCAGGAGCACAUCGACCAGCUGCUGAGGAGGGAAGAGCAGGUCCACCGGGAGGAAGAGGAGCGUGCGCGCCAGCAGGACGCCGAGCGCAGGAGGAAGAGGAGGCAGAAGAAGCUGCAGGCCAAGAAGCAGAAGGAGCUCUUUGAGGAGAGGAGGCGCGAGGAGGAGGCGCUGCAGGAGAAGAUGGAGAAGGAGGAAGAGGAGAAGAGGCGCGAGGAGCAGCGGAGGCGCGAGGAAGAGGCGGCGGCGGUGGAGAGGGCGAGGAAGCAGAGGAUGGAGGAGGAGAGGAGGCUGGAGGAGGACAGGAGGAGAAGGCUGGAGAUGGAGAGGAGGCAGCUGCUGAGGGGACUGGAGAGAGAGUGGGAGGAGAGAGAAGAUUAUGAGGUGGGGUCAGAGGAGGAAAUCUGGCUGAGAGGAGAUGUGUUUGAAAUGCCACGGCGGCGCACCUCCCCAGGGGAGGCCGCACCCCUCCCUGCUCCUCGGGUUGAGGAACCCAACCACCUCAACCCCUCCCUCCCCCCCGGUUGCGUCAUCUCCGACGUCACAGUAACCUGCAAGAACGCCCACUUCACCAACAUCCCACCGCUGUCCAUCCCCCAACUCAAGGCUCUGAGCCUAGAAGGGAAUGAUAUCACCACGGUUCCAGAAGGGGCCUUCAACGGCCUCCCCAACUUGGAGUGGAUCAACCUCAGCAAGAACAAACUCACUUCAUCCGGCAUCCACCCGCAAGUGUUCAAAGGUCUGAAGUUCCUGACACGCCUGUACAUGGAUGGAAACCUUCUGGAGUUCAUUCCCUCAGAGCUGCCCCCCAGCUUACAGGAGCUGAAGAUCAAUGAAAACAACCUUCGAGGCAUUAAUGAGAACAGCAUGCAAAAUCUGAAGAACCUCAUCACAUUGGAGUUGGAAGGGAAUAUGCUGAGUGAGGGAAACGUGGCUCCCUCAGCCUUCCUGCCCCUCGCGCAGCUGUCCUACCUGCGACUGGGCAGAAACCACUUCCGCACCAUUCCACAGGGCCUCCCCGCAUCUCUGCAGGAACUCCAUCUUGAAAACAAUGUCAUUGAAGAAAUAUCAGAAACUGUCUUCAAUCACUCAAGAAACCUGAAUAUUGUUGUCCUAAGGCACAAUCGGCUAGAUGAGACUAGGAUUGCUCCUUUGGCCUGGAUCAAUCACAAGCACCUGGAGUCCAUAGACCUCUCACACAACAAGCUUUACCACGUUCCAUCGUUCCUGCCAAGAUCCCUGGUCCACCUGGUUCUUGUUGGCAACCAAAUAGAGAGGAUUCCAGGCUACGUGUUUGCCCACAUGGAUCCUGGCAUCGAGUACCUGUACCUCUCCUUCAACAAGCUGGACAGCGAAGGGGUGGACCCGGUGUCCUUUUUUGGGUCCUUCCGCUCCUUGUCAGAGCUGUUUCUAGACCACAACCAGCUCACCACCGUGCCGCUCUCCAUCAGAGAGAUGAAGUCUCUGAGAUUCCUCAGGCUCAAUGACAACAACAUAGGGAGCAUUGCAGAAGAUGCGUUCUGCGACCCUUCGAGUGAAGAAGACUCGAGCCUUAUGACACUGCGUCUGGAGAACAACGUCAUCGACACCAGGAAAAUUUCACCCACCGCCUUCUCCUGCAUACACUCUUACUUGAGCAUCGUUUUGAAACCUCAGAAGACCAAUUAGCGCCUUUAUUUCGCUCUGUUCUUACCGCAGGCCGAUGAAAACAAAAAUAAGCCUGUUCUCCCUAAGCAGGCGACCACUACAUCCAAAAAAACCAGAACAAAGCCAUUCUGA